AUGAGCACCACCAGGCCAGCAGCCCUAUCUUCCCCUUCUAUCACUGCCACCACAACCAUAACAAUUGAAAACUCUGAGUCAUCAUCCUCUUCAUCUCAGCACGAACAACAGCAACCAGAAGUCCUUUUCCUCCCCCUCAAUCGCAAGAAGAAGAAGGUCACAUGGAAAGAGGGCACAGUAGACAAUGAGUACAUGCAGAAGAAGAGUUCCAAGAAGUGCUGCAUCUUUCAUAAACAGAAGCCCUUUGAUGAAGAUGACAGCGAUGAAGAUGACGUACCACAUCACUCUGAUAAACAUCCCCAUGAUCACAGUGGGUUUUGUUGUAAGAAUCAUGAUGAAGCUGGCCCAAGCAGUUAG